AUGAGUGCAACAGUAAUAACCAUUUCUGAUGAAGGCCAGGCUACUCUUAAAUCAAAAAAGUUUCUCCUAUCUGUUACUUCCCUUAUAGUACCAAAAAGAAAGCAAGACAAGAGAAAAGUCUUUCAUAGUGUCAAGGUUGGAUUUGCUUUGGUAUUGGUUUCACUUCUCUACCUACUUGAUCCACUGUAUAAGCAAUUUGGUGACAAUGCUAUGUGGGCUAUCAUGACUGUGGUAGUGAUCUUUGAAUUCUUCGCAGGUGCCACACUCAGCAAAGGAUUGAAUCGUGGAAUCGGAACAAUAGCAGGUGGUGGGUUGGGAUGUGCAGCCGCAUUCUUGGCAGAUGAAACUAGUGGAAUUGGCAAUCUCCUUGUCAUCGGUGCUUCUGUAUUUAUUUUUGGGGUGGCUGCAACAUACACAAGAAUGAUACCGAGCAUUAAGAAGAGAUAUGAUUAUGGAGUCAUGAUUUUCAUCCUAACUUUCAAUCUUGUUGUAGUAUCUGGUCUGCGAGCUGAUGAAAUCAUGGAACUAGCCCUUGAUCGUCUUUCAACCAUUGGCAUCGGUUUUGUCAUCUGUGUCUUUACAAGCCUAUUCGUCUUUCCAACUUGGGCUAGCGAUGAACUUCACGAUUCUACUGUAACAAAAUUUGAAACUCUUGCAUGUUGUAUUGAAGGAUGCAUGGAGGAUUACUUCAAAGCUGCAAAUGAGAAUGAAACACAAACGUCUACCAGCUUCACUGAUUGCAAAAAACUGUUUUGCUCCCAUUCUAACGAGGAGGCUCUGGCAAAUUUUGCAAGGUGGGAACCAUGGCAUGGAAGAUUUGGAUUCUCCUACCCAUGGGAAAAAUAUCUUCAUAUUGGGAAAGAUAUUACAGAGCUUGCUGCAACCAUAUAUUCAUUGAAAGGGUGUCUUGAUUCCCCAACAGAGACAUUUUCAACUACUCAAAGACAAUCUAUCAAGGAAUCGUGUGAAGUGGUUGGGUCAUCACUAGCGUGGACUUUGAGAGAGCUCGGUGAGAGCAUCAGGAAAAUGGAGAAAAGCUGUUCAAUGGCCCAGAUAGGACCAAAGUUACAGAUAAUGAAGAAGGAGCUCAGUCAAGCUUCAUUUCACUUACAAUUAGGAGAGCUGAAAACUGACAACAGGCUUGCUUUUUUGUUCUUGUUAAUUCAAGUGGUGGAGAAGGUGCAAGUACUAGCAAAAGAGGUUGAAAAGCUUGGAGAAAUAGCUGAGUUUAAAACUAAAUAAAUGAUCCCUUACAAAUCUAAUGAGCAUGCUGUAUAUUAAAGCCUAGCUAUUUUGGAAUGAGAUGCAAUAGAAAUACCUUUAAAAAAACUGUAGCUUUAUACAGGAUAAAUAUUACCUCUAAAGGAAGUACCAUCUUUAUCCCCGAUUACAUGUCGGGGGCAUAACAAAUAUAUUUGUAAGUGUGUGCUUACUAAUUUCAAUGAUAAACAACAAAUUAUAUUGAAGAGGGACUCAAUGAAUAAGAAAGAAACAUAGAAUCAGACUGGAUAAGAUUU